GAAAAACAAAUUUUAAACAUUAUAGGUAAGACUUGUUAAAGCCGCAUUUGCAGCUUUAUAAAAGGACAACAACGUGUAUUAUCUUAUGUUCUGGGAAACAUGGGAGGAAAACGUCAGGCUUUUUGGUGCACAGUAUGAAUUUCACGCCCAGUUAAUGGCUGCUAGUCUUUUUGGGGUAAUAAAUUCGGUAUCAGAUACGCCACUGUAUUGGAUCCUGGCAGGGCUGCUUUCAGUUUGAGCAAGACACAAAUGGCGUGGUAGGGCGGGACUAAUUUAGGUUCCCGCCCAUAGACUUAGUUCUCAAUCAGGUCCGUUACAUUCCUAUAAAAAUACCGAGUGCGGCAGAACGCAGCACUCUUGGAUUCUUCUUCUUAUUGUUUGCGAUAUGUCUGGUCGCGGCAAAGGCGGGAAGGGCUUGGGCAAGGGCGGCGCCAAGCGCCACCGCAAGGUGCUGCGCGACAACAUCCAGGGCAUCACCAAGCCGGCCAUCCGCCGCCUGGCCCGGCGCGGCGGCGUCAAGCGCAUCUCCGGCCUCAUCUACGAGGAGACCCGCGGGGUGCUCAAGGUGUUCCUGGAGAACGUGAUCCGGGACGCCGUCACCUACACCGAGCACGCCAAGCGCAAGACGGUCACGGCCAUGGACGUGGUGUACGCGCUAAAGCGCCAGGGCCGCACCCUCUACGGCUUCGGCGGCUGAGGUGCUGCCUCCUUUAGCCCCUCCAUUUAGAACCAAAAGGCCCUUUUUAGGGCCACCCAUGUUUUCACUGUAAAGAGUUAUUCACUGAAGUUUAUAUAUAAUGUUAAUAUUAACAAGAGGUGCGUUCCGUUUUUGUGUAAAUGCCCUAGAACUCAUUUCACAGUUAAUGCAUAUUUACCGGCUUCGGUCUCUGUUUUGUAUAGAAAAGUAGAUAAACCACAUCUGUCAGAAGCUUUUUUGGGAGUUCAUUAGACAGUGUAAUAGUAGGUUCUCGGUCCUUACCUUGUGUGCAAGGAGCUGUAAAUCGCCAUAAAUGGGCAGGUCCAGAGACUGCAAAGUGAAGGGGAUUUAGAGAUUAUGCUUUAGAAAAUAACAGUAUUAAAUCUUUAAAUUCAGAAUACAAGAUAACGCCUCCUGCUGUU